UGAUUGGAUCGCAUUUGACUUAAAUAUAACAGGAAGAAUAUAGCGACUUAAGAAAGGUGCACAUACUACUUUCAAGAUAAUAUUUAAAUUUAAAUUUAAAUAUUAUCUCGUUAGAUCAAGAAGUUUUUUGCAUAGAAUAAUGGCGUUGACACUAUACGGCGUAUCAGAUGGUCCUCCAACCAUGGCCGUGAUGCAAGCCUUGGCAUAUCUGGAUUUGAAAUAUAAAUUCGUGACAAUUAACUAUGCAAUAGGCGAACACAUGACCGAAGAAUACGCCCAGAAAAAUCCUCAAAAAGAAAUGCCGGUACUAGAUGACAACGGAUUUUUCCUAAGUGAAAGCAACGCUAUUCUACAAUACUUGGCCGAUAAAUAUCCAAAAAAUGAAACGUUGUACCCAAAAAAUGUUCAAGCUCGAGCUAUUGUUAACCACAGAUUAUGCUUCAAUCUUUCAACGUACUACAGAUACAUCUGUGAAUAUGCCUUGGAACCAAUAUUUUUCACUUAUGAAAGAACCCAGCUACGCUUGAAAAGGGCACUCAUUGCUUUGGAACAUCUUAAUACGUAUUUCUCAAAAUUGGGAGGUAAAUACGCUACAGGAGACAAAAUAACUAUAGCCGAUUUCCAACUAGCGACUACCACAAUGUGUCUGGAGGCUAUAAACUGUGACAUCAGUGGAUAUCCUUUAAUUCAGAGAUGGUAUAACAUGUACAAAGUGGAAAACCCAACGCUGUGGAGAAUACUUGAGCAUGGGAUGAACCAGCUUGCAUAUUUUGAAAAAAAUCCGCCUGUUUUGGCUAGCUUAGAUCAUCCUAUCCAUCCUGUCAGGAAAAAUUAAAUCAAACAUAAUAUUAACAAAUCGAAACUAUAAGUUUCCAUUUUUUUUCUUAUACUGCGGCCUACUUCCGUAGGCUUUCGAUCAUUACUUUUUAAAAUAGUGCAUAAAUGUUAUACAGCGCUUCAAAAUGAUGUGCUACAAGACCCCCGCUUUCAUAUAUUUUUUUUCCAAGAUGACGCCCAGCGGCCAUCUUGAUAUUUUCAUCUGUCAAUUUUACUCUAAAAUAUGGUAUCCACGCAUCAAUUCCAUUACCUCAAGUUUUAGUUUUAUGAAUUGAUCCGUUCAAAAAAUCAAAGAGGAGGGGGACAUUAAAGAAAAGCACUAUAUAUGUAAGAUUUAGUAUAAUUCUUGACAGUAAUGUAAUAUCCAGAAUUGUGAUCAAAUCAAAACUAUUAACUAGUUUGUCAAGCAGAUCAAAGCAGAUGGUUCUUGAUUGCUCUUUUGGAUCCAACUAGAGCUUUGCUUUUGCUAGUAUCAUUUAGAGCAUUAUACAUAUUAACAGCAUUGCAGGUGAAGCUACGAUGGAAAGUCUUAGUUCUAUAACUACGUACGUUGAAUCCGGAGUUGUGUCUGAGAUUUCUGGGUUUGAGAUCAUCACGUACAAGCGUGUUUAAAAGAUAAGUAGGUACCCUAUUUGGACUAAGAUGAGCAGAUGAUAUAUAAAAAUCUGGUCAACCCUCAACCAUCCCAACUCAUUCAUCUUUUGAGAUUUGCUAAAGUUUCACAGAUCAUACACGAACCUACAGCAGUUAUUUUUAAUUAUUUGUACUCUACAUCUGGUCAUGUAAUAAAAAACAACAAAAAUAACCAACAAUUGAAUAAUUUCUUAACCAUCACCAGAGUUUCAGCUAGUUUUUUGCGAGUAUGGAAGUUCAAAAUGUGUCGAUUAGACUAUAAAAUCUUCAAACGCAUGUAUGAUAAGAUAAAUUUGUAACAUGUUGCUUAAACCUCAACUCUGUAUUCAUAUCGACUCCUAAAUUUUUUGUAUAGUCUACGUUAGGAAUAGAUGCGGAGUUACACUUUAAGGUUGCUGGUGUUACCUAUUUGGAUAGCACACAAAUUCUAACUAUAUAUAGAUCACGAAAUAGAGACUUCUAUAUAUUCUAUAAUAAGCUUCAAAUACUACUUAGCACUUUAGACUAUAAGCACAAUAUAAUCAUAUCUGGUGAUUUUAAUUUUAAAUUUAACACUCACGACAGGCAUGCCAACGUGUUAUUUGUGUUUCUUUUGGACUGUAUCAGACUGUGAAUGUGAAUACUAGGCAGAAUGCUUGUAUAGAUAAUAUUUUCAACAAUAUAAACAUGUCAAGCAUAGUUUGAGAAGCCUUUGAUACAUGUUUUUCUGACCAUUUAGGUAUUGCAUUUCAUUUUAAUUUGAACAUUUUAAAACCUGUGAGGAAGAGAAUAAACUACAGGCCUAUCACUGAUGAUGGUCUUUUCAAAUUAUACAGUAAAAUUGAAACAGUCGACUGGAUCUUUGUGUCUGAUAUUAGUUUACCACUGACCACUAAACUCGAACGAUUCAUAAACAUCUUAACAAAUAAUGUCGCUGAGUGCUUGCCAAUCAAAUCUAGGUUAGUAUCAGAGGGUUGUCCCAUCAAAAUCAACUGGUUUGAUCACGAAUUGGCUCAGAUGAGAGAGAAUUUGAAACUAAUAACACAAAUUAAUAAAGGUAGUAUCAAAGAAAGAGAUUAAUCUAUUCAAAUCUAAGUACCGAUCAGAAAUCAGAGUUAAGAAUAAAAAUUAUCAUGAUAAAUAUAUACGUAGAACAUCGAAUAAACAAGCAGCUAUGUGUAAUGUGACUAAAGCCAAUGGUGUGCAAUCGUCAAAAUCCCAGUCGUCUGCUCUCAACGCGAAUGAUUUAAACUCUUUCUUCGUCAGCGUUGCUGAAACCAUUAUUGCUGAAAUUCUAGCUACCCAGUCGAACUUUAAAGAUUUCAUACAGACUAGUGAUACACUACAUUUCAACUUUCGAACUGUUUCAUUCAAUGAUGUUCGAGGCGCAAUCAGAAGCUUAAAGAAUUCUAAGAGUAAAGAUCCUUAUGGCAUCGACGAUAAAAUUAUGAAGACCUUAAAUAACUUGAUAGUAUAUCCUAUAACAAAAUUGACAAACAUGUGUAUAGAAAAUAAUGUCUUUCCUGCCUUAUUACAACUUGCAAAGAUUAUGCCACUCUUCAAGAAAGGAUGUGAGAAUGAUCCAUGUAAUUUCAGACCCAUUUCUAUAUUAGCAAUUAUAGCAAAAAUUUUCGAAAUACUUCUGAAGAAUCAGAUAUGUGAAUACUUCGAAGGUAACAAUUUAUUCUGUAACAACUAGUUUGGAUAUCGUACCAACAGAUCAACGAAAGCAGCAAUAAACGAUUUUAUCAGUUUCAUCAACAAAUGUCUGGAAGAUAACAUGUUUGCUCUCGCUAACUUCUAUGAUCUUACAAAAGCAUUUGAUUGUGUCCAACAUCCCAUUUUGAUUCAAAAGUUGUCGCUAUAUGGUUUUAGUAAUAACAGCCUGUCCUUAAUUGCGUGUUAUUUAUCAGACAGAAGACAGUAUGUUAGUUUUCAAAAUUGUUUAUCUAACAAUGUACUUAUUAAGCACGGAGUUCCCCAAGGAAAUGUCUUGGGACCGAUUCUUUUUUUGAUUUACAUCAUGAUCUGCCAAACUGUAGCGUCAAUCAAUAUAUAUUAUUUGCGGAUGACACCUCCAAUAGUAACUUUGACCAUGAAUUAAUCGAUUCUAAGCAGCAUUUUCACAACAUUCAAAACUGGUUUAAUGCCAACAGUUUGUCAAUCAACAUAACGAAAACUCACUCUGUUAUACUCAGUACUCGUCCACAUAGAAGUAAUUUAGUAGAACCCGUGAAAUGUCUCUGAGUGAUUAUUGAUGCAAGCUUAACUUGGGAAUAACACAUCACCUCUUUAUCAAAGAAGUUAUCUAAAAUAACAUAUGAUACGUAGUUUAAAUACCUACGUAACAAAAUCGACUUUAAUGACAGCCUAUUAUGCUUACUUCCAAUCUAAAUUGCAAUAUUACAUAUUGAUUUGGGGUCAUUCAUGUCAUGUAUCGAAGGUGUUUGCUGUUCAGAGACGAUACUUGAGAAUAAUAGCAAACUUGCAUUUCAGACAGUGUUUCAAGACGACAUUUAUCGACCUAAAAAUUUUAACUGUGCCAUGUAUAUAUACUGGAAUGUCUGAUCCACGUUAAAAAUAGUUACGAUGAUUACAGAACUCCGAAAGAGAUUCACAAAUAUAACACAAGGUUCAACAAUGAUUUAAUACCAGAGUACACAAGACUAUCAAAAACUAGACACGGAAGUAACUAUUCCGGCGUGAAAUUUUUUAAUGCGCUGCCCAGGUUUUGUCACACACACAACUCAACCAUUUUUAAAGCAACUGUGAACAGAUAUCUAGUAUAAUUAUUGUUAACUAUUUGUUUUAUUACUUUGUUUUCGUUUGUGUUUUUGUGUAUGUGUUAUUUUUGUAUUAUAUUUUAUUGUUCUCCAUACGUGUGUAAGGACUUUUGAGUACAAACAUGAAAAAAUUAUAUUAUUAUUUCAUAAUUUUUUUUACUUUUUAUUGCCACUUUGUGUUUUACGUUUGCCUUAUUUUCGUAUUGAUUGUUGUUUUUACUUACUCUCUUAUGUUCUACUCUAACUGACCUGUGCAA